AAGCGUUCAGCCACGGAUCUCAGUCACUCAGGAUACUACGACUGCGUCGCCAAUCUGCUGGUGGACUCGAAGAGCCCUUCACCGUUCACGCACAGUCUGGACAAGAAGGCCAACGUCGAGAACAAUGGAGUACCUCCCAAAGUCAUCAUUGAUCCUGAUUGUAGGUACAGGCACAUUUGGCCUCAGCACUGCAGUCCACUUGGCUAGACGUGGUUUCACCAACAUACAAUGUCUGGACCGUUUUCCAUACCCUUCGCCCGACUCAGCCGGGUACGAUGUCAACAAAAUCAUCGGCAUGCGGAAUGACACUGCUCUCACUGCGCGGGUAAGUCGAGAGGCACUGGCCGGCUGGCAGGAGCCAAUGUUUGAAUCCGUGUGGCACGAAGUCGGCUUGAUCACAGCCGCCACAAAUGAUGAAGCAGUUGAUUACUGUCGAAGUGCAUAUCAGAGCUGGAUCGACUGUGGCGAAGGCGACAAUGUGCGAUGGCUCGAAUCCGCCGAAGACUUUAAGAGACUCGUUCCUCCACUUCGGAAUGGCUCAAUACCGAGAUGGCGUGGAUUCCACCACAAGCGAGCGGGAUGGGCACACGCAAAGGAGGCAUUGCGCAUAAUGGGUGACGAGGCUGCAAGGCUAGGAGUCAGGUUUGCAGCAGGCAAGUCAGCCACAAUGGAGUCAUUGAUGUUGGACGAUCAAGGUAGAGCGAUUGGCAUCAUUGCAGAAGACGGUAGACGGUGGACAGCCGACCGAAUAGUCCUUUGCACAGGUGCAUGGAGCGAUGCUCUGCUCGAUAUGCAAGGUCAACUGGAGGCGAAGUGUUGGACGUUGGCGCAUAUACAGCUCUCGCAAGAUGAGUGUGCAAUGUUCAGGGAUAUGCCUGUGGUGAUGAACCUGGAAGAAGGGUUUUUCUUCGAGCCCAGUGAGGAUGGUCAGAUCAAAAUUUGCAAUGAAUUUCCUGGCUUCACUCACACGGUGACUUUAGCCGACGGGCGGAAAACGAGCGAGCCACGAUCCAACGCUCAAAACCCAGGAGACACAAUCCCGCAUCAGUCACGAAGGGAAAUCAGAGAUCUCAUAAGGAAGACGAUUCCACAAUUUAAGGAUAGGCCAUUCGUUGUUGAGAAAGUGUGCUGGUGUACUGAUACGCAGGACCGAAACUGGCUGCUUGAUGUACAUCCUCAGCAUCCAAAAUUAGUUGUUGCAACAGGGGAUUCAGGCAACGCGUUCAAGAUGCUCCCUGUCAUGGGCAGAUAUAUUUCGGAUCUGGUAGAGGGAAAGUCUCUGGAUCCCAUGCUGAAGGAGGCAUGGAGAUGGAGACCGGACAAGAUCAGUCGUGACCAACGAUGGGGCGGUGAUGGAAAGACGCGUGAUCUGAAGGACAUGAAAGGUUGGAAAAGUGAAGACUCAAAGGUAGACGUUGUCGGACAUUCAAUGCAAGCCAGGUUAUGACCUCGAUCUCAUUGUUGGUAGUUGCUGCAAUGUGAAGAGUGAGUGAAAGGCGAGAGAGAUAGAUGGUGAAUUGGGAGCAAGUGGUCAAAAAGCAAUGUUGGUCG